UUCGAUAAUAACACAACUGCUGUAUAGAAAAAUGGCACUUACUACCUAUUGUCGGUUGAUACAUGUGCACAAGUUCAUUUUUGGUAACAGCGCAAAUAUAUUGUCCCGCGUCGGUCUCGGAGAUAAUGGCAUGACCGUGUUAGCAUGUCCUAAACAUUCUGCACGUUUCAAGUCGUCAGAGGCUGUUGACAGAAAGGAGAAGCAGAGACAACACAUGGCAAGAGGUCUGCCCAAACAGAAACCUGUAGCAGGAGUCAAGCAAGUCAUCGUGGUUGCUUCAGGGAAGGGCGGUGUGGGGAAGUCGACCACUGCAGUUAACUUGGCUCUGGGGAUUUCUGCGAACGAUCAGACAAAAUCGGUGGGACUUCUGGAUGCUGACGUUUUUGGACCCUCUAUUCCUAAGCUGAUGAACUUGAAAGGGAACCCCGAGUUGACAGAGAAAAACUUAAUGAGGCCGCUGAUGAAUUUUGGGAUACCAUGCAUGUCAAUGGGCUUCCUGGUGGAGGAGACAGCUCCUAUCGUUUGGCGAGGUCUGAUGGUGAUGUCUGCCAUUGAGAAGCUGCUGAGACAGGUGGACUGGGGUCACCUGGACUACCUGGUGGUGGACAUGCCGCCCGGUACCGGAGACGUCCAGCUGACCAUUACACAGAACAUCCCUGUCGCAGGGGCGGUGAUCGUGUCCACACCUCAGGACAUCGCUCUGCUGGACGCGCGGAGGGGGGCAGAGAUGUUCCGCAAGGUCAACGUGCCGGUCCUGGGGCUGGUCCAAAACAUGAGCGUGUUCCAGUGCCCAAACUGCCAGCACCAGACCCACAUUUUUGGGGAGGACGGGGCGAGGGAAUUGGCCCGCACCCUGGGAGUGGACGUCCUGGGGGACGUCCCGCUGCACCUGAACAUUCGGGAGAUGUCAGACAGGGGCCAGCCCGUGGUGGUGUCCUCGCCGGACAGUCCGGAGGCUGAAGCCUACAGAAAGGUGGCCUCUGCGGUGGUCCAGCGCCUGGCGGCCCUCUCUGACUGACAGCAGGUGGCACGGGCGGAGCCAGCGGGGCGGGAGGCGCCUGUCCCGCUCGCAACCGGCGAACGCCGCACCGUCCGUCACUCGCACCGCGUGGAAAAAGCGCAGCGUCAGUGAGGUCCACUACAGGUCCUCCAGCUAAAGUAUGACUACCCCUGCCAUCUAUGAUUCAUCCAACGAAUGCACUGAAAGGAUCCCAAGCACCUCCCCCGACUGGCACGGUUUACUACACUGAAUCACAGUAUUGACAUUAUUGCAUUGUGUGUGUCAUAUUAUCUCGCACUUGAAAUAACGGCCUUCUUCAGAACAUUUAAGCGUAUCUUGUUCGCACGAGCUGCUGCUGCCGCUGUGGACGUUAUCGGCCGCGUAAAGCUCCCGGGGUCAUCUGCUGCGAGGGCACGCGUCGGGUUUCGACGGCGGGUUUCCUGCGCUUGCCGACGGACUGGCGCGGAGGUCACGGAUCGCGCCGCGUCUGCCACCGGCAGCGGUUCGCCGGGCGGGGGAUUGCCUGAGGGGAUGAAACCGAACGGGUCCCUCGGCCUUAGAGGCGCUGGGCCGCGGGUCUGAGAAGAUUAUGCACGGUCGGUCCGGCUUUGUGAGCCGGCUUCGGGCCCGGCUGGUGGAAAAUUUACGUCUUCUGCCCCUGCCCUGCUCGCCCCAGAGGACAGCCCCGCCCCGCCCCGAUCCCCUCGCUGCAGAAGAACCAGCACCCUCUCUGUCGCUCGCCUACGUUCCAGGGUCACCCUGAAACGAACAAAAAAAAAAAAACGACACUGUGAACAGGAUGAGCAGGAAUAAAGAGGCGUGCUUUGAAGAUGA